UUUCUUGUCAUAUUUCAAUUUCAAUAUCAAUUCUCCGAAUUUCAUCAGAUCUGAUUCAUCUGAAUUCCAAAUUCCAAAUUGUUCCAAUUUCAGUCACUUUCCACGUCAGUCAUUAUCCCCCCCAAAACAAAUUUUUUUGAACUUGUUCGGAUUUUGGUUGAAAUGUUUCGUUUGGAGCAAGAAAAGAUCCGAAAACGAAUUUGAUAUCUCAAAGUUUCACACUGUUCAAUAAUCAGCUGUUUCCCACCUUGUCGGCUGUUUCUAUGGCCGACGCUCUGUCGUCUAUUCCGGCAGCCGUUCUUCGUAAUCUUGCUGAUAAGCUCUAUGAGAAGCGCAAAAAUGCUGCUCUUGAGAUUGAGAAUAUAGUGAAGCAAUUAGCUGCUAAUGGAGAUCAUGAUAAAAUUGCGGCUGUUAUCAAUUUGUUGACUACGGAAUACACUUAUUCACCACAGGCCAAUCAUCGAAAGGGAGGAUUGAUAGGAUUAGCUGCUGCAACUGUUGGGUUGACUUCUGAAGCAGCUCAGCAUCUUGAGCAAAUUGUGCCCCCUGUGCUAAAUUCUUUCUCUGACCAAGAUAGCAGAGUUCGUUAUUAUGCUUGUGAAGCACUAUAUAACAUAGCUAAGGUUGUGAGAGGUGACUUUAUUGUAUUCUUCAACCAGAUCUUUGAUGCCUUAUGCAAGCUUUCUGCAGACUCAGAUGCAAAUGUACAAAGUGCUGCUCACCUCUUAGACCGGCUUGUGAAGGAUAUUGUGACUGAAAGUGAUCAGUUCAGUAUUGAAGAAUUUAUACCACUGUUGAGGGAGCGCAUGAAUGUAUUGAAUCCAUAUGUCCGACAGUUUUUGGUAGGAUGGAUUACUGUAUUGGACAGUGUUCCUGAUAUUGAUAUGCUGGGUUUUCUUCCUGAUUUUCUUGAUGGAUUGUUUAAUAUGUUAAGUGAUUCGAGUCAUGAAAUACGUCAACAAGCUGAUUCAGCUCUUUCAGAGUUUCUUCAAGAAAUUAAGAACUCUCCAUCUGUAGAUUAUGGUCGAAUGGCUGAAAUACUAGUACAGAGGGCAGGUUCUUCAGAUGAAUUUACGAGGCUAACAGCUAUCACAUGGAUAAACGAGUUUGUCAAACUUGGUGGAGACCAGCUUGUUCCAUAUUAUGCAGACAUUCUUGGAGCCAUUUUGCCUUGUAUAUCAGAUAAAGAAGAGAAAAUUAGAGUUGUUGCUCGUGAAACCAAUGAAGAGCUACGAGCCAUCAAGGCUGAUCCAGCUGAAGCAUUUGAUGUAGAGGCAAUCCUCUCCAUUGCCAGGAGGCAAUUAUCUAGUGAAUGGGAGGCUACUCGAAUUGAAGCUUUGCACUGGAUAUCUACCCUUUUAAAUAACUAUCGUACUGAGGUUUUGCAAUUUCUGAAUGACAUAUUCGACACCCUGCUCAAGGCACUUUCAGAUUCAUCUGAUGAGGUUGUUCUUCUAGUUCUUGAUGUUCAUGCAUGCAUUGCAAAAGAUCUUCAGCACUUUCGUCAGCUUGUUGUUUUCCUGGUGCACAAUUUCCGGGUAGACAAUACCCUUUUGGAGAAGCGUGGUGCUUUAAUAAUCCGCCGGCUUUGUGUGCUUUUGAAUGCUGAGAGAGUCUACCGUGAACUUUCUACAAUACUAGAAGGGGAAUCUGAUUUGGAUUUUGCAUUAAUUAUGGUUCAGGCUUUGAAUUUGAUCUUACUCACAUCAUCAGAACUAUCUGAGAUUAGAGUUCUUUUGAAGCAAUCACUUGUAAAUCCUGCCGGGAAGGAUUUAUAUGUUUCUUUGUAUGCCUCGUGGUGUCAUUCUCCAAUGGCGAUUAUAAGUCUUUGCUUCUUAGCUCAGACUUACCAACAUGCGAGUGUUGUGAUUCAAUCUCUGGUAGAGGAGGAUAUUAAUGUCAAGUUCCUUGUACAGCUGGAUAAAUUGAUUCGUUUGCUGGAAACUCCUGUCUUUGCUUAUCUUAGAUUGCAGCUUCUGGAACCUGGAAGAUAUACAUGGUUAUUUAAAGCACUGUAUGGUCUUCUGAUGUUGCUUCCUCAGCAAAGUGCUGCCUUCAAGAUACUACAAACUCGUUUAAAAGCCGUGCCAUCAUAUUCUUUCAAUGGUGAGCAAUUGAAAAAAAUAUCCUCUGGGAACCCCUAUCAAUUUCUCCAUCACAUGUCUGGUGGAUCUCAAAUCACAGAGGAUGGCGAUGUAUUCAUGGACAGUGGAAACUCACACAAUGGAAUAAACUUUGUUGCAAGGCUACAACAGUUUCAGCAAAUGCAGCAGCAGCAUCGUGAACAUUUUCGAACACAGGCACGGACACGCAGAAAUUCCACCUCACUAUUAAAGGAGGAGGCACAAAAACAAGAAGAACCAAGAAGACCUCAUUUGAGUGAGCUUUAUGUACCUCCAAGAUCAUCCAAGAGAGCUAGCUAGCUAGCUAAAAUGUUAUUGAAUCAUCAGUCUUAUUAUGGACUGAUCCAAUCCCAGUGUAUGUGUAUUUGAACUUUGAAUGGGAUUGGGUAUUGAUUUGUAAAAUUGUAAAUCAUAAUAGUAGCUCCUUUUAUUCUGCUGCUACUUAUCAUCAUAGAAGAAAGUUGGGAUGGUGAAAAAUGGAUUCUGGAAUGAAGAUAAAGCUUGGGCUUUCCCGGGCCAGGCCGGGCUAUUCUUUUGACCUUGUAAGCAUAAACAAGUUAGAUACCCACAUGGUUCUGUUGUUUUUGUUGAAAACCGUGUGGGACAUAAGGGAUACUUCAUUACUUUAUUUUAGGAAAAAGUUGUUUAUUGUUAAGUACCUCUUUUUCAUGUGGCUUUAUGCAUAUAGUAUAUGAUAAUAAAGCAAUUAGAUGCUUGCUUAGUGUCUAAGUUGGCGUACUGCAAGUGAUUUUGUAUUUUGUUUGAUUUCAUUAUUACUUCAGGAUGAUUUGAUGGGCUGCUUAA